AUGCAGAUCUGGCACAUAUCAAGCCUAGUGAGUGUGAAUCUCUGGUGGCACUUGGCAAGAAACAGAAACAAUACUUCUGGCAGUACAAUAUUCAAGCCAAGGGACCUAAAGGAACCAGACUGAAGCUGGCAGUAGAGUCCCCCAGCGACCCACAUGUACUCAAUGACUUUGAAGAUCCUGUAUUUGAUCAGUGCAACACCGCCAUUGCUGGCAUCAGGCAUGGUGGCAAGGCCAGGAAAGGAGAUGGAAAUGAAAUUACCCCAAACCCCAAAAAGCUCUUCAUGAUUGGCCAUCAGCUGUUGAGACUCAGUCAUCAAAUCAAUGCCUGCCAGUUAGGCACUGAUGUGCCACUAGCCAAGAGGAAUGAAGCACGCAAGGAGAAAAACAAACUAGCUUCCAGAGCGUGCAGAUUGAAGAAAAAAGCUCAACAUGAGGCCAACAAAAUCAAACUAUAUGGCCUGGAACAAGAGCAUUAUCAGCUGAAUUCCGUGUUGCAGUUUAUUUGGCCAAGAAUCCACAAGAAAGCCAAAUCUCUCCUGGCAAACACUGACAUGCCUGCACCUUUGACACAUUUACUAGAGGCACAGAUUAGCCGCAACCUAAAGAGUAUGAUAGCCGGCCACACAGUGGAUUUUGUCAACAGUGUCAUACUGAAGGUGGAAAGUGGAGACUACAGCGGUGGCUUAAACAUUAAACGCAGUCACAAAGCAUGA